UUCGAUAAAAAACUCAAAAUGGAGGAAACUUUUGUUUUAAUUUUAUUAGUUUUGGUUAUGUUAAUAGGAAGUUAUUUAGCUGGUUCAAUACCUUUAGUUAUAAAUUUUUCAGAGGAAAAAUUAAAAAAGAUUACAAUAUUCGGCGCUGGUUUAUUAGUGGGAACCGCGUUGGCUGUUAUCAUUCCAGAAGGUGUAAGGUCGUUGAACAAUGAAGUACAUACAGAUAGUAAAGAAAAUGGUACUCCAAAAACGAUUGGAGACGUUGAGGCUGUUAAAAUAGAAGAACACACAGAUCCACAUUCAGUUAUUGGAAUAUCUUUAGUAUUAGGUUUUAUAUUCAUGUUGUUAGUGGAUCAGAUUUCUGCUAGAAGAAAUCAAGCUACAAAUCCUGCUGAAAGAAAUGUUACCGCUACUGUCGGUUUAGUUGUUCACGCCGCAGCUGAUGGAGUUGCAUUAGGUGCAGCUGCGACAACCAGUCAUGCCGAUGUAGAAAUGAUUGUAUUUCUCGCUAUUAUGCUUCAUAAAGCACCUGCAGCAUUUGGUUUAGUAACCUUUUUACUACACGAAGGAAUUGAUAGACAAAGGAUACGAAGGCAUUUAUUAUUUUUUUCACUGUCAGCGCCAGUUUUGACUUUGAUUACAUAUUUUGGAAUUGGGCAAGAAGGCAAAGAAACAUUAAGUUCAGUGAACGCUACAGGUAUUGCAAUGUUAUUUUCAGCCGGAACAUUUUUAUAUGUUGCAACAGUUCAUGUAUUACCUGAAUUGACACAAAAUAUUCAUGGAACACAUAGUCAUCUACCACCAAUGGAUUUAUCAUCGAAUGUAAAAGGUUUUAAUGGAAUUAGUCAUGCUGAUUUACUUAUAUUAAUUGUUGGCACUUUAAUGCCUCUAUUAUUAACUAUGGGUCAUCAUCAUUGAAAACAUUCUAACUCAAUUGUUCACAAACAACGUAUAGUUAGUCAUUUUAAGUUUUUAUAUAAACGUUUGAAUUAUGUUAAAAAAGUCUGAUAAUAAUAUUCAGACAUCAAUAAUUUAUUGGUGUUUAAUAUUGUGAUUUCUUCCCCUUCCCUAGUUUUGAUUAAAUAAUCAUUGACAUAAUAGACCUUUUUCAUGAAAAACAGAAAUGCUUU